CUUUCACAAAUAUUUAGAAAGCGUGAGUGAUCUGCCAGACAGCGCACUCUCAUUUUACUCUCCUGGAUGUCUUCUGAUUCACUGUCAUCAUGAACUUCAAGCUCCUCUUCUUUUGCCUCUUCUUAGCAGUGCUCCUCAUACCUGCUGAACUAAAACCUAAGAAGCACAAGAAGCAUCGUCAUCACCAUCAUGAUCAUGAUCAUGAUCAUGAACAUUCUAAACGUGGCAAGAAAGGAACAUUUAAGGACAUAACAGAAGAUAGCUUCUUUGAGAUCCAAGAGAGAAGUGGUGAUGAGGAUGAAGAUGAUGACCACAGUGAUUCAGAGUGGCUUUUUGAACUUCAGGAACCAGAAGGCCAAUGCAACCCAAAUCCUUGCCUUAACAACGGACAGUGUGAGCAGAAAAGCAAGAAAAAAUUCAAAUGUGAUUGUCCCAAACCUUUCAAGGGAAGGAAAUGCGAAAAAGGUCCAAAACGUUGUAGGAAGGGUAUAUGCGGGCGUGGAGAAUGUGUGCUGACUUCAUCUCCCCCAUUCUAUGAGUGCAAAUGCAAACAGCCCUUCCAGCCUCCACGCUGCACAAGCUUUUCAGUGUGUGAGCCUAAUCCAUGUAAGAAUGGUGGACAGUGCAUCAGGGAUGGUCAUGAUUUUGACUGCCAGUGCCCUCCAGGGUUCAGAGGACGUUUCUGCCGUGUUGGCCCAGAUGACUGCUAUGUGGAUGAUGGAGAGUCAUACCGUGGCAAUGUGAGUGAGACAGAUGAUGGAGAUGAAUGCCUCUACUGGAACUCUCACUUCAUCCUGGAGAGAGGAGUUAAUCCUUUCACAUCUUUUGAGGACAAAGAUGGACUUGGCCCUCACAACUUCUGCAGAAACCCAGAUGGAGACCACAUGCCCUGGUGUUUCUUCAGAAGAGGUCACAGGUUGUUCUGGGACUACUGUGAUGUGACAGAGUGUCCUAAACCGACAGAUGUGGCACCAACUGCAAUUGUCCCUCCAGAUCCCAGUCCCACCACUCCCAAACCCCAGCCCACAAAAGCUGAACCUACAUCAGCCCCCAAGCCAGUGACCACCAAACCAUUGACGCCUGAGAAGCCCACUGAGGCUCCACAACCUCCUGUUAUUCCCACUAAUGCUUCUGACAUCACCAAUGGCACCGUGCCACCGCAACAGUUCUCCACCUGUGGAAAGCCUCAGCCAAAAAAGGCCAUUACCCGAAUCUUUGGGGGCCUGAAGGUCAAUCCCGGGGCUAUUCCCUGGCAGGUGUCUCUGCAAGUGAGGCCAAAGAACUCCAACCAUGCCUUCAAACACACUUGUGGAGGAGUUCUCAUUGAGAGCUGCUGGGUACUGACAGCCGGACACUGCAUUGAUAAGAGCAAGGACAUGCAGGUGGCUGUGGGAGGUCUGUCACUGGACAUGGAUGAGCCCACAGAACAAACUAUAAAAGUUGAGGAAGCUAUUGUACAUGAAAACUACAGGGAGACGCCUGCAGCUGUUUACAACGACAUAGGCUUGUUGAGACUGAGUGGUACCAAUGGAGUUUGUGCCAAUGAGACCCAGUUUGUGAAGACUGCGUGCCUGCCUGACGCCCAACUGCCUGAUGGCACGGAGUGCACCAUUUCUGGAUGGGGUGCCACUGAGGAAUCUGACUAUGGUUCCAAUCAUCUACUCAAGGCCAAUGUACUGCUGAUCAACCAGGAAAAGUGCUCUGAGCCCACUGUUUAUGGCAGUGUCCUGGAUAAUAGCAUGUUCUGUGCUGGCCACCUACAGGGAGGGGUGGAUUCCUGCCAGGGCGACUCUGGAGGACCACUGACUUGUAAUCAAAACAACGCCAGUGUUGUUUAUGGUGUGGUGAGUUGGGGAGACCAGUGUGGUAGGAAGAACAAGCCUGGGGUCUACACACGAGUCAUUCACUUCCUGGACUGGAUAAAGUCAAAGACUCAAGCAGCAUCUCCAUAAGAAGCCUCUGUUACUCAGCAGCACAACAGAAAGUGUAGCCAUUAGGACUUGGUUAUGUAUGGAGUAAGUCUUACUCAUUGUGAUUUAACUUUUGUGUUUUGUGCAGGUGUGCCUUUUCGGCUCUACACCAUCAUUUUAAAAAAUUCCAAUGCUAAAGUCCAAGCUUUCUCUGUACAACUGAAUGCCAUAUUUCCAUGUUUUUCCUUGAAGAUUUACUCUUAUCCUGGCCAAGGAUGAGCUAAAAGGUUAUAUUAAUGAUGUGUGUGUGUGGAAAAGGAAGAAGAAGACACAAUAAAUUUAAAAUGUGACUGGC